ACUCAAUUCAACUUCACUUUUCCCAUGUUUUUGCUGAAUUCUUUAAGAGGAAUUACUCGCAGUAAUCGGUCGAAAAAGCAUCAGAAUAAUUACAACUCAGGAAACUCAUCGUCGGGAUCGCCAUUCAAGAAGAGCUCUGCUGCUCAAUUGUCGAGAACAAACUCUCCUAGCUCGAAUCAAACUCCUCUUUACUUGCUUCAACCAUUUGUUCGAAAUCACCUUGUAAAAGGAAAUUUUCUCACAAUCGUAUCUCUUCCGAAAUAUGUGGAUUUGGAUGAAUGGCUUGCUUUAAAUGUUUAUGAGCUAUUUACUUAUUUGAAUCAUUUUUAUGAUGUCUUUACUUCGUUCUGUACAGUAGACACAUGCCCCAUUAUGCAGGCUGGUACUCACUUUGACUACAAAUGGUUGGAUAACAAUCGAAAACCUCUUUCUUUGCCGGCUCCCCAGUAUAUAGAGUAUGUCUUGGCUUGGAUCGAAAAUCGCCUUCAAGACCAAAAUGUUUUCCCAACAAAAGCUGGCUUUCCUUUUCCUACUAAUUUUCAUGCAAUUGUUCGAUCUAUUUACAAACAAAUGUUUCGAGUGUUUGCUCACAUCUACUAUGCUCAUUAUGCCGGAAUCCUUCAUUUAUCUUUAGAAGCCCAUUGGAAUUCCUUUUUUGCUCAUUUCAUUGCCUUUGCGAAAGAGUUUCAUCUUUUAGAUCCCCGUGACACAUUUCCGCUGAAAGAUCUAAUUUCGGUUUUGGAAGAACAGGGCAAUAUCUAAUACCUUCUUGUUCCUCUCUUUCUUUUCAACUCUUAUGAUUUCAUACUAUCUGGUUUGUGUUGUUUUUAUCAUUUUAAUUAAUCCUUUGUAUUCAGUUUCUUACAGAAAAGACUUAUUUUUGUUUUGCAUCAUGUCCAUUUCUAAUAACACAGUUUUUAAGUAUUUUUGAAAAAAAUUUGGUUUCCUCAUUUAUUUUUACUACUCACUUCUGGGCGUCUCUUUUUUUUCCUUUUUUUUUAUUUUUUUUCACCAAUUGUCUGGUAUCCGCAUUGUAGUCUUUAUUGGUCUAUUAAGCUCUAGUCUAAAAAGGUAGUAAUUCUAUAUCGUUGGAUGAGAAUUGAGUGUGGACUCCCGUAUUUUACUUUCAUAAAUACGUUUGCAUUAGAAACUAUUUCUACUUUAGAUAUCUUAGAGUGCUUAGAUUUACGAUUUUAGGAACACCUUCAUUUGCUUGAUUACGAAAUUCUAUUAAUGCUCUCGUUUUAGAAUGAAGGCCACGAAGGUUGUAUUUAUAAUCAAUAUGCAAGUUUGGCGUGUUUUUGCGAUAUUUAGUUCAGGAAAGAUAAAAUCUUCAUCUAAAU